AUGACCAACCUCACUCAUGGACCCCUGCUGCCGCCCAAGCAAAUUCGCUUUGUUAACAACCAAGGACAACCACCCUCCAAGCGGCGGCGCAUCAACGCAGCAUGCUUGACGUGCCGCAAGAGGAAAACGCGAUGUGCGGGUGAGAAACCUGUCUGUUCGACCUGCGCCAAUAAUGGGCACGUCUGUCUCGGGUACACGGUGAUUGUGGAACGGGAGAGGAAGAGGAACGACAACGUGACAGGCGGAUUGGUGGUAGCCAAGGUGGAAUGCGGAACACCGGCCAUCACCAACUUUGAUACGGUCGACGGAUGCUCGGACGACGACGAUGAGCUGGAGCAUCGCCAGUGGAGGAGCAAGGCCGCCGCGCCGCGGACCGCAGGCUUUGUCGAUCACGACACAACGUCGUCGAGGCAUACUUCACAUCCCCAUGCCGCUGGCAUACCGCGGAAGCCCAGCAAUGAAUGGAACCAGAACAACAACUCGCAGGGCUCGCCUAGCGAUGCGAGACAAGCCCAGUAUGCAGCCAACGCCUCUUACUCGGAGAGCGGCCAAGCUUCGAACCACCGGUCCCCGACUCAGCACCAUACCGAGAGUCACCGUAUGCCCUACUUUCGGUAUUUUGGCCCAACCGCCAUAGUCCCGGGCUUCAAGCAAAUGGUAGUAAAUGUGUACCGCGACAGGCGUAAGAGCAGAGGAGGUUCUUUCUCAACAGCCUCCCCUGGUUCUCUUUUCGGCCACGGCACGUCACACAACCUUCUCUCGCAUCAUGAGACCAUCCUGGAGACGCUGGAGGACCUGCCCGUAUACGAUGUAAACGCCCCAGGUCCAAUUCAUCCUCUCAUUGUCUCGCUCGUGGACACCUUUUUCCACCAUCUUGGCUGCAACUACCUCUUCUUGCGAAAGGACAGAUUCGUCCGCUUGCUGAACGAGAAACGCAUCGAACCAAUCCUGGUCGACUCUGUGUGUGCCUUGGCAGCACGCUUUUCUGAGCAGCCCAUCUUCACCAACGAACAAGACGGCAAGCUGAAACGUUCAGAAUACGGAAAUGUCUUUGCACAACGAGCCAAGUCCGCCAUCGUCGAUACCUUCCCGUGCCCGUCCGUUGGCGCUGUCCAGGCAUGCCUGCUCAUGGCGUACGAGAGUUUUGGCGCCAACCAGGACAGCGCUCUCUGGAUGUACCUCGGUUGUGCUAUUAGGAUGACCCUCGACCUUGGACUCCAGAAGAUGGAAGGUGUCAAGUAUCAGGGUGAGCGCGACCCGUGGUACACGAGGUGUUGGAGCCGCAAGAGCGAUGACGGAACGGACGGGCAGGAAGGCAAGCAAAACGAAGAGACGCUCAGUCCGAAAGAGCAGCGUGAGGUGGAACAGGAGCGCAUCGACACAUUUUGGGCCGUUUUCGUCCUAGACCGCGUUAUCUCGUCGGGGACAGGCAGGCCCGUGACAUUCCGUGACGAUGACUACGAGCUGGCUCUCCCUGCACCAUCCACUGACCCGGUUACGGGUUGGCCCGCUCCUUUCCCGACCUUUAUCGAAAUCAUCCAUUUAUACGGCCGCGUGUCCGAUGUCCUUAACAAUAUCCGGAACGCCAGCGAUCUCACCGGUGAGAAGAUGGCCAGGCUUGCCAGGAUGGAGAGCGACCUCACCGCCCUGUACCAGAAACAAGAUGAGCGCCUCCACUUCAAUGCCGUCAAUUUCCGUGAAUAUGUCAAGACGAACCAAGCCACGACCUUCAUCCUGCUUCACUUCUGGUUUCAUGCCCUGAUCAUUGUCCUUCACCAACCCACGCUGCUGACUCCAUUCCACAACCUGAAGCCGGCCCAACUGCUGACGAAUAGCCGGGAGCUGUCCAUGUCAAGUGCAAAGACUAUCGCCGACAUCCUGGCUUUCGCCGAGCUAAUCGAUCCAAAGAGCUUCAUUGGUAACCCCUUUACAUCGCAGCCGAUCUACAUCGCCGCAUGCGCCUUCUUGAUGGAGUCGGUGGCCAAUGCUUCGCAAGCGCCGUCACGAGAGCCGUCACCAUCCUGUGACGCCAAAGGUGACCAUGCCAAGGUGGGCGCUGGAAGGUACGGGUCCGGAUCCGACCCACGACACGUGAAACACUCACUGCUCGCCUCAGCUGCCAACCAAAACUACCAGCGUUGUUAUAAAUCACUUCAGCAACUAGAGCAGUAUUGGGAGGGCGUCAGAUACAUCAUCAACGCACUGGACCAAAAGUCGAAAGGGAUUUGGGACUGUGAGACGUACACGAUUGAGGAGUACGAGGCGAUAAAGCUUGCACGACGAGGCUCCUUUGGUCGUUUACCCAGAUUCGACCACCCAGCUUCACCAAAUGUCCCUCCCAUUGCAUACUCCCUGACAGGCACCACCAACUCUCCCAGUUCUAAUCUUACCGUGUUGUUCCAGAGCAACCCAACCCAGUCGGGCAAUUCGGCCUCUUCCUCGCUCUUCCCGCCUCCUCCACCGCCCGCGCCCCCGCCACCACCCUCAGUUCCGACAUCUGCGGCAACGCCUCCUGGGAAUAUGAUAUACGAUCCCAUUCGACAGAGUCUACCGGAAACUCCUCCGGCCUUCCCACCACCAUACCCGCAGCCCAACGUUUCGGCGGUGCGGUAUCAGCCACACUCCUCCAAGCCAAGCAGGCUGUCGCAGUCGCCAGCGAGUGCUGAGACGCUGAUCAAGUACGAGUCAUCGUCGCCAAGUGACAUGGGGCCCAUCAGCCCUUCCAACGAUCACAAGUCGCAUAGUCACGGAACCGUGUCACGGUCUGGCCAUGGGUCUCUCCAUCAGCCAUCUUACCACCAUUCGGCGCAUCACUCGGCCUACGAGUCCUCGGCGGGCUACAAAGAUUCACUCUCGACCUCGCCGACGGAUUCGAACAUGGGCCAACAACGCAAUCAUAACAGUCAUGACAACGGCAUGGAUCAGAGUAGCAGCUACGAGGCAGACUUUGCCCAGAGUGGCUUGGCGUCCGGAUCGUACUCAUACAUGGGCCUUAAUCCCAUCAACGACAUCAUCACGUUCAACAGUCAGGAGGUCAACAUUGACAUGCUUGGCCUGCAGAGCGAGAUUCUGCCGCCGUGGCUGGAGAUCUUACCUGGUGAUAUACUGGGUGGAUUGUUCGAGGGCGGCAUGGCUGGGGCCAGUCAGGGGCAUAUGGGCUAG